UCGUGAUGGAUCGUUCAGCUGGUGGUUCGUGGUCCGAGGGUGAACGUGUGUUUUGUAAAUGUUUAUUUUACGCUUUUUAUGAUGUUUAAGAACUUGCAUGUUAAGGAUUUCUUUGCCUUGGGGGUGGGAAUUUUUGUGGGUGUUUGUGGCGCUGUGCUGUCCAGCCGAUGGCGUCGACCAACAGCUUCGUCGACAGAAUUGAGAUUGGAAAAGUUGACCGAGUCCGUUGUGGGAUUGCAGCAAGAAUGGAGGGAGUUUCGAGAAGCAGUCGGGUCGGGAGGUGCUACCAGCUUGAAGAGGGUCAACUCGGGGUUUAUCUCAAUACAUGCAAGCAGUGGAGAAGAAGACGAUGAUUUCUUUGAAGAGGCUUAUGAAGGGUUUACCACUCCACCCGUCGCUCUACUUUACAAAGAUGCAGAGGAGACGACAGAGUUUGAAGGAGAAACGGACCUUGAGCUGUUGGCAUUCCUGAGGGAAAUUGACAAGUUAUUCCUGGGUACAGAAGAGGAACACGAAACGGCCCUUGAGAAAUUAUUGGCAAAGAGGUUACAGUACUCAAGCAAUGUGCAUUUCAUGUGGAGGCUUGCUAAAGCGCACUUCCUGGCUUCAGAUAUUGCUACUAAGAAUGGAGAUGACGCCACCAAGAAAAAGCUGGUAUUUGAGGGUAAAGACUAUGCAUUUCAAGCUAUCGCUAUUGAGGAUCAGAGUGCCGAUGCCCAUAAGUGGUACGGCCUCUUGAUCGGACUGGCAACAGACUACGUCUCAAACCAAGAGAGGAUUAAACUAGGGUAUGGCUUCAAGGAGCAUAUGUUGAAAGCCUUGGAACUUCGGCCCAGUGACCCGUAUCUUUAUAACUACUACGGCAGAUACGUCUACGAGAUUGCUACGCUGAGUUGGAUUUUACGCAAGGCUGCUUCGGCCCUCUACGGUGAGCCCCCAUCUGGAACGAUAGACGAAGCCCUGGAAAAUUUCCUGAAAGCAGAAAAACUGCAACCAGAAUUCUUCAGUACAAAUGCACUCUACGUUGGAAAGUGUUACCUCCAAAAGAGAGACACCAAGAAGGCAGUGGAGUGGUUCCAGAAGACGCUUAACAUUCCAGGGAGCUCGGCUGAUGAGUUGAAAUCAAAAGAAGAGGCUCAGCUGUACCUCAGGAAGUAUACAUAAACAGGAGACAAUGGAAAGCCUUUCCUUCAGGUCUGUUGUUUCUUCCAUUUUGAAGUUGAUUCUUAGUAAAUUUGUCCGAAACGAUUGUUUAGAUUCCAAACGCCUUUGUCAUGGAUGUGUUGAUUAGUGAUUGGGAUUGGCUUCUUGACUCUGCAAGAACUAGAAGUGAUGUCAUAGCCAUGCAGAAAUAUCUCCUUUAUUUUUUAUUUUUUUUUUUUAAUCGUCACUUGAAACUGGACAUUCAACCAGGUCAAAGGUGAGAUGUGGUUAAAGCAUGUGGGCACAAAUGGUUAUUGUUAACGAACAGGUUGCACUUCAUUUGACCCAAAAUAUGCAUACAAUAACAAACCUGUGGAUCAAUCGAUCUUCGGAGUCACAAGAUUAUAGCUUUUUGUUUUGUUACAUUUUAAAAAUAAUAUCAAACAUCAGGUUGUGAACACAAUACCUCGAUCAAAACCAACUGUUUUAAUUAUUUAUCAAACACAAGAGCAUUUUUUAAAGCAAAUUUUCAUGAGAGAAGUUUUUCACCAUGACCAUCAAAUAAUUCAUGUGUAAAUCUGUGAAAAUUGAUAUCUUUAGCCAUUAUGAUCACCAUGCAACAAGUGAAGGAUUUAAAGCUAAUUCUUUCAUUGUUGAUUUAUUCAUUAAAAACAUCACAUGACAGCUAAGGGCUGAAGUGUUGGCAACAUUUUGUACUUCAAGUCAAAAAGGUACAAAGGAAAGCUAAUAUUUUAAAGCAGACAAACCACUAAAUGUGCGCUAGGCACAAAUAAAGACUAGAAAUUAAAAAAGAAAUCUUGAAAAGAAAGAAGGAGAAAAAGUGCAUUAGAUACAAAUAAAGCGGUACUCGCGACUGGACUUUGCAAUAAAAAGUCACACUUUCUUUCAACACUAGGCACACUCGCACCCAGGCCUACAUGUAGUUGCUAUGUCAAGUGGUUCGGGGCAAGCUUUUGCAAAGUUGCACCCUUCCACA